AUGAUCUCAACACUUUUCACCCACAUUAUUAACCCCUUAGCCUAUAUCAUCCCUGUUCUAUUAGCUGUUGCCUUCCUCACAUUAGUAGAACGAAAAGUCCUUGGAUACAUGCAAUUUCGAAAAGGUCCUAACAUCGUCGGACCCUAUGGCCUUCUACAACCAAUUGCCGACGGAGUAAAACUAUUUACUAAAGAACCCGUUCGCCCCUCAACCGCCUCCCCCAUCCUAUUCCUCCUCGCCCCAAUCUUAGCCCUUACUCUUGCCCUCACUCUAUGAGCUCCCCUCCCUAUACCAUACCCCAUCCUAGACCUAAACCUGGGAAUCCUUUUCAUCCUAGCACUAUCCAGCUUAGCAGUGUACUCCAUCCUAGGUUCAGGCUGAGCAUCAAAUUCAAAAUAUGCCCUCAUCGGAGCACUACGAGCCGUAGCACAAACCAUUUCCUAUGAAGUUAGCCUUGGAUUAAUCCUUUUAAACGCAAUUAUCUUCACAGGAGGCUUCACCCUACAAACCUUCAACACAGCCCAAGAAACCGUCUGACUUCUACUACCAGCCUGACCCCUAGCCGCAAUAUGGUAUAUUUCCACACUAGCCGAAACCAACCGAGCACCUUUCGACUUAACCGAAGGCGAAUCAGAACUAGUCUCAGGCUUUAACGUAGAAUAUGCGGGAGGCCCUUUCGCCCUAUUCUUUUUAGCAGAAUACGCAAACAUCCUCCUUAUAAACACACUCUCCGCCACUCUUUUCCUGGGAGCUUCUCACGUCCCUAUUACCCCAGAACUAACAACCGUAAAUUUAAUAACAAAAGCAGCACUCCUUUCCCUACUUUUCCUCUGAGUCCGAGCCUCCUACCCUCGAUUCCGAUACGACCAAUUAAUACACUUAAUUUGAAAAAACUUUCUUCCCCUUACACUGGCUUUAGUCAUCUGACAUCUAGCGCUCCCUAUUGCACUAGCCGGCCUUCCCCCUCAAAUCUAA